ACGAGUAACUGCUGAUACACGUUGUUGACUUACAUUCCUGUUCUAGAGAAAUCGUCGUCGUCGUGACUAAACAUGCCGAAUAUAAAACUUCAGAGUUCGGACGGAGAAAUAUUCGAAGUCGACGUGGAAAUAGCGAAGGCGUCGAACACCAUCAAGACGAUGUUGGAAGACCUCGGCAUGGAUGAGGACGACGACGAAGCGGUUCCUCUGCCCAACGUCAAUGCCGCUAUAUUGAAGAAAGUCAUCAAAUGGGCGACUCAACACAAAGACGACCCCCCGCCACCUGAAGACGAUGAAAACCGAGAGAAGCGGACAGACGACAUCGACCCAUGGGAUCAGGAGUUCUUGAAAGUGGACCAGGGCACUCUGUUUGAGUUGAUUUUGGCUGCCAAUUAUCUGGACAUCAAGGGGCUACUAGACGUGACGUGCAAGACGGUAGCUAAUAUGAUCAAGGGCAAGACGCCAGAGGAGAUACGGAAGACGUUCAACAUCAAGAACGAUUUCACGCCUGAAGAAGAAGAGCAGAUUAGAAAAGAGAACGAAUGGUGUGAAGAGAAGUGAAAAAGCAUGGAAUGGGCGUCGACGUCGUUAGUAUCAAUGACCAUUACAUGUACUGAGUAUUGUUAGCGUAGUGCACCAUUCAGAAUAAGGGUGUAUUGUUACUUGCAGAUCGCAUGUAAGCCACUGCAUAAUUUGAGUGCUACUGUAUUGAAGUCACAUGAUGCUAAAAUGUGGUCAAGCCAUCUCUAGGAUAUGUUCAAUAGAUCACAAAUAUGUUACGAUUUGA